AUGGUAAUUCAUUCUUAGUUUAGAAAAUUGAAGAUGAAAUCUCAAAUUAUAAUUCUAGAUAUCAUGAUAUUAUUAUUAGUGUUAGGGGUCUGUACAAUUGGAAUUUAUGUUGAAGCUAAAAUAUUUUAUGAAAUCAGUUUAGAAUCAUCAUAUAUCAUGAUGAAUUCUAUCGAUAUGAAGUAGGUUGAUAGAAUAGGAAGUCAAGUUGAAUCUUAUCUAAUUACCAAACAUUAAAGAAGUAAAUAAUAAAUUAAUAAAGGCAUUUAACUUAUUGAUAAUAUUGCUUCUUUUUUAUUUCACUUUGCUAAUCAAUAACAUCAGUAAAACUUUAAUGACAUUUUAGACCUAUGUCUAACAGAAGAUGAAUACAAAAAUGCAAAAUAUAUAAAAAAUAUACCAAAGUUCUGUUAUUAGACACAUGGUGAAUAAUACUAAUAAAUGAUGUAGAAUGACAAUAUAAAACUAUUGUAUUAUGGACUUAAGGAACUUGAUUACUAUUCGUAACUUUUCAAUAUCUAAAUACCUAAUUUUUUAUAGGUGGUUGACACAAGUUCAAUAAUAUUUGAUUCAUUAUAUCCAACAGGAUUACUAAUUCAGAGUUAUAAUCCAUAAUAAAGAGCUUGGUAUAUUCAAUAAUAAAUUUAGGUAUCAAAAUCAUAUUUCUUAAAUAAACAAGACAAAAAAUGAGUACUUUUUCUUUACUAAUGUUUAUUAAGUAAUGUAUGGAACUCAAGAAUAUAGUUUUUCAAUUACUCAAUCAUUAUUUAAUAAGGAGAAGGAAUUUUUUGCAAUACUAAAGACUGUAUUAUAUAUAACAGACCCAAAUUUACAUAAAAUAUAAUUUAAUGUGUUAUUAAUAAAUUAAGAAGGUUAAGUUAUGUAGAAUGGAAUGGAAAAUCAUACAAAUAACAUAGGAAUCUUAUAUAUAUAUAAUGAAACAAUAACAGGUUUUAAUUUAACAGAUUGGAAAUAAAUUGAAUUGAAAGCAAAUUAAGAUAGGUCACUUUAAGAUUAAAAUAGUAAGGAUUCAAUAUUAAUUCUUUAUAAUAAAGUAUACAAACAAUUUGUGAAUUUAAAAUGUAAAAAAUUUAGAAAAGAAAAUUUUACAUUAAUAUUGUAAAUAUAUAUGUAAUUUUAAAUAGAUUUACAAAUAUAACAUCAUAACAUAUUUUAUAACAAUAAAUUUUGGAUAAAUAAUAUGAAUUUUUACUUUAAUAUGGAUAAGCAGUACUUAUAAUUUUUGGUUUAGCAAUUAUGUUAUUUUGUUUGAGUUUAAUUUUUAUUAAUGUUAUCUGUAAUCCAAUUGUAAAAUUAAGAUAAAAUGUUUCAUAACAUGUAAUGGAAAUUGGAAAUAAUACAGAUAGAAUGUUAUUCAAAAUAAAAUCAAGAAAGAAGAAUAAAUAAGAUUUAAUUAUUAAAUUAAAUGAAAUGUUUAUGAAUAUUUCAGAUGUUGUGAAAUUAAAUUCAAAUAAGAAGAGUGAAUAAUGUAGACUUAUUGAGAAGAUGUAGUAUAAUAAAAGAAGUAUAAAAGAGAAAUGCUAGUUUAAUUAACAAAUUAAUUCUCUUAGCAAUUCGUAAUCAAAUUCUAUUGAUUUAAAUGAAUUCAAUACAGAAAUAUUGAAACUUUUAAUGAAUUAAACUAAUUUUCAAUAAUGA